AUGGCGGAGACAGCAGCAACCAACUCUGACACCCAACAAACGGCAACAUCUCUACAAUCACUGACAUUCGAUGAUGGCUAUGAUCAACCACUAUCAGUUGGAGUUUUACCAUCAUCAUUUACAAUCAUUGGUCAAUAUCAGUUGGAGUAUUACCAACAUUCAUUACAAUCAUUGAAGUUUGGUGGCGACUAUAAUCAACCAAUAUCAGUUGGAGUAUUACCAUCAUCAUUACAAUCAUUGGAGUUUGGUCGGGACUAUAAUCAACGCCUAUCAGUUGGAGUACUACCAACAUCAUUACAAAUCGUUGAGUUUGGUUAUGAAUAUAAUCAACCUCUAACAGUUGGAGUAUUACCAACAUCUUUACAAUCACUGAAGUUUGGUUAUAGAUAUAAUCAAUCAAUAUCAAUUGGAGUAUUACCAUCAUCAUUGCGAUCAUUGAAGUUUGGUAAUAACUAUAAUCAACGUCUAUCAGUUGGAGUAUUACCAACAUCAUUACUAGAAUUGGAGUUUGGUGGCGACUAUAAUCAACCUCUAUCAGUUGGAGUAUUACCAUCAUCAUUACAAUCAUUGGUGUUUGGUUGGAACUAUAAUCAACGCCUAUCAGCUGGAGUAUUACCAUUAACACUACAAUCGUUGGUGUUUGGCUAUAGGUAUAAUCAACCAAUAUUAUUUAGAGUAUUACCAACAUCAUUACAAUCAUUGAAGUUCGGUAAUGACUAUAAUCAACCUCUACCAGUUGGAGUAUUACCAACAUCUUUACAAUCAUUGGUGUUUGGUGAUUACUUUAAUCAAGCACUAACUGAUGGAGUAUUACCAACAUCAUUACAAUCAUUGAAGUUUGGCUAUAGAUAUAAUCAACCACUAUCGGUUGGAGUAUUACCAGCAUCAUUACAAUCAUUGUUGUUUGGUAGAGACUAUAAUCAACCACUAUCAGUUGGGGUAUUACCAACAUCGUUACUAUCAUUGAGGUUGAGCGAUGAAUAUAAUCAACCUCUACCAGUUGGAGUAUUACCAACAUCACUACAAUCAUUGGUGUUUGGUUAUUACUCUGAUCAACCUCUAUCAGUUGGAGGUCCAUCAACAUUAAAAUCAUUGAAGUUUGGAAAUAGAUAUAAUCAAGCAAUUUUAGUUGGAGUAUUACCAUCAUCAUUGCAAUCAUUGGCGUUUGGUGAUGGAUAUAAUCAACCUCUAACAGUUGGAGUAUUACCAUCAUCAUUACAAUCAUUGAAGUUUGGUGGCGACUAUAAUCAACCUCUAACAGUUGGAGUAUUACCAACAUCGUUACGAUCAUUGGUGGUUGGUAAUAAUUUUAAUCAAACUCUAUCAGUUGGUGCAUUACCAUCAACUUUACUAUCAUUGAAGCUUGGUCAGCGCCUGUAUAUUGAUAUAUCACAAAGAAGAAUUUUACUUGAUUCAAUGCUCAUAAAAAGAAACUUCAUUAAAUUAGGGCCACUUGGAGUAAUCAAACUUCCGAAUAUCAAAAUUCUUUCACCGAUAACAUCAUCAUGGGACAAGAGACUGAACAACAUUCGAACGCCCACAACAUGCAACCCAAAUCCCAACUCUAUCAAUUACGACCCCAACUAUUUAAUGGCAUAUCCCAUCAAUACCACGGAAUAUGUUUUAGUCAACAACCACAAAUAUUUCAAAUUACACUCUUUUCCACAUUCUGCCAAUCAAGUAAUCUUUGUUAUGUGUGAAUCCUCUGGUGAAUUGUUUGUUUACAAAGAAAUAGAUUAUUCAAAUAAGAAAAAUAACUAUGAAAUAGAUCAAAAGAUCUACGACAAAGCCCAAUUUGAAAUCUCAACGAUGAAACUAUUCAUCAACGACUCUAUGUUUGUACAAUACAAAGAUCACCAAGAUGACACUGAUUUAAAAAAGAUGUAUCUUUUGACACAUUUCUGUGAAGGUGGUGAUUUAGAACAAUUAUUUCAAUCAAUUUAUAAAUGGAAUGAGCAACCCCAUCCAGAAUAUAAAUAUAUUCCAGAAACUGAAAUAUGGCUUUAUAUUCGACGAUUAUUCCUCAUACUUGAAAAACUAUUACAACACAAUCUUGCACAUCUUGAUAUCAAACCACUCAAUCUAUUUAUUGGAUUAGACGGCAAAAUAGUUCUUGGUGAUUUUGGUUGCUGUCACUAUUUCGUUGAUCAAAAUCAUUCAGCUGCUGUCACCAAAACACACAAUAAUCAAGAAAAUAGUGACAACCAAACAACAGCACAAUAUGCAAAUAUGAUAGCCACAACACUUGCCUCUCGUGGAACAAAUGGAUAUUACUCACCUGAAUCAAAACAAAAGAAAUAUUACCCAUCAAGUGAUAUAUAUUCAGUUGGUUCAACUCUAUUCCAUUUACUUUCAUGUCACCCAGAUGAUAUUGCCAAUAGAAAAGAGUUUAUCUCGAAUCACAAAAAGAACAACUUUGAUGCCGGUCAUAUUAAAAUAUCAACUGUUAGAUAUUCUGAACAUUUAAUUAAUUUUGUAAAGAAACUAUUAAUAGCAACACCUCUUGAUCGUCUUUCAUUGGAUGAUUUGAAUGGAGAAAUAGUCAACCAACACACACAAAGAAUCACAUCAUUUUUAAUCAAUCAACGACAAAUUCUAUCAAACAAAAAAACAUUAAUAUUGGAUGGUGAAUUCAACAGUCCUCUCAAAGGAUUACUUCCACCAACACUUUUAAAAUUAAAGUUAUUAGGAAACUUUAAUCAACCAAUCGAAAGGGGUGAUAUUCCUGAUAGUGUUGAAACACUAAUAUUCGGAUCAUCAUUUAAUAGUCAAAUUGGAUCAUUGCCAAGGACAUUAAAACAUUUAGUUUUAGGAAAAUCAUUCAAUCAACAGUUGCAAUCAUAUGGUACAAAUGCUACAAUACACAUAACCACAGACAAUUGGAAAGAUACUCUGUCUACAGUAUUUAACGAUUGGAGUGAUGAUAAUUUGAAAUACAACAUGAAGGGAUCUAAUUUCAUCUUAACGAUCGGUGAACAAUCUUUUGGAAUUGGUGAUAUUAAGAGGAGCAAUAAUAUACUAGAGUGGAUGAAGAAUGAUGAUAUCAAAUGUUUGGUCAAUCUAGAAGAUGUCAAAGUGAUAUCACAUGUUCAAGCAUCAAUCUAUCCACAUUUAUUUUGUCAAAUCGAUAAAUCAACAUUUGAAUCAAUCAAUCAGCACUUUGUCGAAUACCAACCCGACUCUGAAUACCCCCUAAAGGAAAUGGAUAAAUUAUUUAAAUUGGAUGAAGACAAUAUUCAUCAAAUAUUGAUUUACGUCAAAACAUCAGACUCUGUGCUAUCAAAGAUAAAAAAGGUGUUCGUUAAUCUUUCAAAAAGCAAAACAAAGAAAUAA